GCUUCGGUUGCCAGGCGUGGCGUCACGCCGCGGUAGCAGGGAGAGGUGGGCAGCGUGUCGCCGCCAGAGCCAUGAGUCAAGAUGACAGAUUUGCUUUCACUGCUGAAUGGUAUGAUCCAAAUGCUUCACUGUUUCGGCGUUAUGAACUUCUGUAUUAUCCAAAAGAUGGAUCAGUUGAAAUGUAUGAUGUGAAGAACCAUCGCACCUUUCUGAAGCGCACCAAGUAUGAGAGCUUACACCUUGAGGAUCUAUUUGUGGGCAACAAAAUUACUAUUUUUUCCCGUCAUCUAUCCUUAGUGGACUAUGGGGAUCAAUAUACAGCUCGCAAGCUGGGGAGCCGCAAAGAAAGAACACUGGCUUUGAUUAAACCCGAUGCAACGACCAAGAUUGGAGAAUUAAUUGAUAUCAUUAUUAAUGCAGGAUUUACAAUAACUAAGGCCAAAAUGAUGGUGCUUUCGAGAAAAGAAGCAGCUGAUUUCUAUGUAGACCAUCAUUCAAAACCUUUUUAUAAUGAGCUUCUCCAGUUUAUAACAAGUGGUCCCAUUGUUGCUAUGGAAAUCUUAGGAGAUGAUGCGGUUUGUAAAUGGAAAACAUUACUGGGACCAGCAAACUCUGCAGUGGCUCAGACUGAUGCACCAGACAGCAUUAGAGCGAACUUUGGACAUGAUGGCCUAAGAAAUGCAGCUCAUGGCCCAGAUUCAGUUGCUUCAGCUGCUCAAGAGCUGGAGUUGUUCUUUCCCUCCAGUGGAGGUCGUGGACCAGUCAACAGUGCAAAAUUCACAAACUGUACUUGCUGCAUUAUUAAGCCUCAUGCGGUUAAUGAAGGGCUAGCUGGAAAGAUUAUAAAAGCCAUCGUCAAUGAAGGAUUUCAGAUCUCAGCUUUGCAGAUGUUCAACCUGGAGCGUGCAAAUGUGGAAGAAUUUUAUGAGAUUUACAAAGGUGUCGUCGCUGAAUACAUGGAGAUGGUCACAGAGUUGUGUUCAGGCCCUUCCAUAGCAAUGGAGAUUAUACAGCCUGAGUCUACAAAAGUGUUCAGAGACUUCUGUGGUCCUUCUGACCCUGAAAUAGCUCGUCAUCUCCGACCUGGAACUCUGCGUGCUGUCUUUGGGAAGAACAAGAUUCAGAAUGCUGUCCACUGCACAGACCUACCUGAAGAUGGACUUUUGGAGGUACAGUACUUCUUCAAGAUUCUGGACAACUAACAGCCUCCAGCCUCACCCAACGCAAAAGACGUGCACACAGAGGGGGUGUGUUCAUUCAUUUAUUUGUCCAAUGUUUCAACCUGACUGAAAUACAAGAUCAACAAGAGCACUGUACUCCUGGCUAUUAUUACAUGUUAGAACAUAGAGUUUUGCACUUUAGACAACAUUUAACACCAUUCUAUGGGGUACUGCAUUGCUUUUAUAAAGUUUAAAAUAAAGAUUUAUUUUUCAAACAUGUGACUUUGGUUUAUUUCAUACAUUACACUUUCUUGCAGAAAAAAUAAAAUUGUACAACUGCAUAAAUAUAAAAUUCUUCCACCAUGAAAAUGGUUAAAACAUUCAAUAAAGACAUUAGCACCACAGUGUGCGAUGCCUCCAGCAGGAAAAAAAAAAAAAAAAAAAGAAAGAAAA